AUGACGAAUUUACAGAUCAAUCAAUCUUUUCCAUUUGAGAUUUCUUAUGAUAUUGUUAUGAAAGAUUUACGUAAAUGGUAUAGGGAAAUUGUAACAAAACUUGAUCAAAUCUCUGAUAAUAUUCUUGUGGAUAUGACAACAACAUUUAAUGAAGUUCAUUAUUUUGCAUCAUUAGCAGAUAGACUUUUAAUUGAACAAGAAAAUCAACUUAAAAAAGCUAAAUCACAUCAAGAUAUGAAUAUUAUCGAAGAAAGAAUCAAUCAAAUAAUAUUCGAAAUUGAACUUUUACAAUCUUUAUCAUUUCAUUUAAAUUGUGAUUCAGUUAAAUUAAUUGGUAAACUUAAAAUAAAUUUUAAUAAUAAUGAUAUUAAAUUGAAUGAUCCAUUAAUUCCAAUAUCUUCGUAUCGUUUUCUUAUUUCAAGAAAUGAUGCUAUUGAAUUAAAUAAACAUUCUCUUUCCUUUUGUCAUCUAACUUCACUGCAUAAUGAAUCGAUUUCUGAAUGUGUUUUAACAUUUAUUGUAUUCGAUUUUGAUUCAUUUCUAAAUGCAUUUAAAACAUAUUGGAAUUUAUUUACAAAAACUAAUCAAAUUCGUUUAUUGAUGUGUCCAACACAAAUAUCAUUUAUCCUGGAACAAUCAAAUGAAACAUUAAAUUAUUUAGAAGAUUCUUUUCAAUUAAAUCAAAUAAAAAUAUUUCCAGACUUCUGUCCAAAAUCUGAUGAAAAAAUUUUAUUAAUCAAUGGAAAACAACAUGAUCUUAUUAUAGAUUGUGUUGAAGAAAUUUAUUAUAAUAUUGAAGAAAAAAAUAAUCGAAAACAAAAUAUUAAAUUAUAUAAUCCAAGUCAUUUAUCAACGAAAGAUAUCGAUGAAAUAAUAAAGAAAAAUUUAGAUUACGGAGGUUUUAUGCAAAAUCAAAUUCGAACUAAUUAUUCUCAAGCAAAUCUAUUUGAACAUACUGAAAGUAGUGAUGAUGAUGAUGAUGAUUUAUGGAAUGAAAAUGAUGAAUGGUGGCAUUAUUCAUCUAAUGGAAAUAUGAGUUCCGAAGUAAUUCAACGUGAAAUAAAUGUUAAUAAUGUACAAGCUGGUGCUAUUAUAGGAGUUAAUGCAUUGCGUAUUGAUCGAAUUAAACAAAAAACUGGAGCAUAUGUUUAUAUUAAUGGUGCUAAUCAAGAUCUUAAACGAACUGUACGAAUUUAUAAUAUUAUUUUAAAUAUACAGUAA